AUGCUUUCUGUUGCCCGACGCGACGUUCUCCGACGCAGCCCUCCGCUAUGUGUUGCCAGAUGGACUCAGAGAUAUCUGAGCACGACGCCAGGGCCCUCAGAGAAUCUCGAAUUGUCUAAACCGCGUGGACGAAUCAUCUUCUCUGGAAUACAGCCCACCGGAAUUCCCCAUCUAGGAAACUACCUGGGAGCACUGUCAAACUGGGUCCAGCUACAGAAAGAAGCGACUGAGAAUGAUAAACUUAUAUUCUCGAUCGUAGGCUGGCAUGCCUUGACUUUGCCGCAGAAAGCCAAGGAACUGUCGGCGUCCAGAUGGGAAAUGCUUGCAACUAUUCUUGCGGUUGGCAUCGACCCGAAGAGGUCUAUCGUGUUUCACCAGGACGAUAACCAAUGUCACCAAGAGCUGACCUGGAUAUUCAACUGCAUCACCCCAGUUGGAAAGCUACGGAGAAUGACGACCUGGAAGGCACGAUUGGCGGACUCUAGGAACGCGAACAGCGAAGCAGAGAUCGACGAAUCGAUGUUGAAUGCCGGGCUUCUCACCUAUCCCGUCCUCCAAGCUGCCGACAUUCUGGCCUACCGCGCUACCCAUGUCCCUGUUGGAGAAGAUCAGACCCAGCACCUCGAACUCUCCAGAGAGAUCGCCCAGUCGUUCAAUAGGACAUUCGUACCGGGGAAGAAGCGCUUCUUCCCGCUUCCGACUCAGUUAAUUACUCCCUCCAAACGCGUCCUUUCUCUGCGGGAUCCCAGUUCCAAGAUGUCGAAAUCAUCUCCCGACGUCAACUCAAGAAUUUUGCUCACCGACACGCCUGCUCAGAUUUCGUCGAAAAUCCGGUCGGCUGUUACAGAUUCUGUGAAGGGCAUCUCUUACGACCCAGAACAACGACCCGGCAUUUCCAAUCUCUUGACUAUCCUCGGUGCAUGUCUCAACAAAGACCCCGUUGAUGUCGCUGCGACCUACGCCAACAAGACCACCGCCGAGUUCAAAAACGACGUUGUGGAUGCUGUUGAGGAACUCUUCAAGGGUCCUCGCUCAGAAUAUGAGCGCUUGCGACAGGAAAGAGGCUUCCUCGAGCAAGUCGCGAAAGACGGAGCAGAACGUGCCCGGGCUUUAUCUCAAGAGACCAUGAAGCACGUUCGCUCCAUGGUGGGACUCUAUUAG